CACCCGUCACGGUCCCCGGAGCGCGUGGUGCAGAGCGAGAGAGACUACGAGGAACUGGAGGUGACGUCGUCGUACGUCGGCGACGAGGUGGCGGGGGAGACACGCGACGGAUCGUGUCGGCUGCCGCCCCGCGACGACGACGAUGCACGGAAGCCUUGCGCAGACGUAUCUUCACCUGUGCAGAUACCGGGGAACCCUUCCGCUCCUCCCCCGCGGAACUAUGUGGCGGUUAGUCGGCGCCUGAUGUCGCUUCCGCAGUUCGAAUUGACACGUACAAAAUUCGAAGAUGUCGGCGUGGACUCCGGUGAGUCGGGGAAGUCUCCCGGUUCUGGAACGAGAUCUAGGGAGGAGAGUGUCGGGGGAAACUCUCCCGCCGCUCCUGUUUCGACUGUGGGGAGUGGUAAUUCCAGUGCCAGCUAUGGAGCAGGCGUAUACGACAUGUUUGAUGGCAGUGCAGAUGAUGAUGGGGAUGGGAAACCAACGGUCAGCAUGCCGAAUAGGCAAGAUAUCUCUACGAAAGCAAGCAGACCAGAGGCUGUACUCAAUGAAGGUGAAGACAAGGCUUGCUAUGUCGGGGUGAGCAGGACACAGAAGACACCUAGUCCGUGUCGCGAGGAAGCAGUGUACAGUGUCGUUGACAAAUCUAGCAAGCAGACGCGGAUAGCACCUCAAGCUGAGGGUAGUCACGACCCAACCAUCACCCCCGCCGCCGCUACAUCAAGGACACGCAGCGACAGCGCGUCCGACACUGAACUCCCCGACGACCAGCGCCUGCCUAGCAACGACUACCAGGAGAUCGACUUCAAGCCGGCCGCUAUCCCGCGGAGCGAUCCCGCCACCGUCAUUGACCAGUUAGAGGAGUCGUGUGUUGAUCCAGGCCGGGAGGGCACAUGGAGUGAGGCGAUGUCGUCGCCGGACACGGCCAGCGUUUACACGCAGGACGAGUCUAUUGAAGUCAUCCCACAGCAGGGCGUGGACUGGGUGAGUGCGGACAUACAUCACGACUCCCGUGGCGCGACGUCCAGUUCUAGCUCCAUCGAUUCCGGCCACGACUCGCACCAGACCGGCCACUUUGUCGUCGUCGCCAUCGACUUUGGCACGACCUACAGCGGCUACGCUUUCAGCUUCACCAAGGACGCCGACAGCAUCCACAUGAUGCGCAAGUGGGAGGGCGGCGACCCAGGUAUCGUCAAUCAGAAGACACCGACCACCGUGCUGCUCACGCCCGAGGGAAAGUUCCACUCGUUCGGCUACGCGGCGAGGGACUUCUUUCACGAUCUGGAUCCGAAGGAGGCGGCGCAGUGGCUCUACUUUGAGAAAUUCAAGAUGGCGCUUCAUCACAGCAUGACACUGAGUAGAGACACUGAGCUUGCAGCGAGUAAUCGUAAGAAGGUCCCUGCGAUUCACGUGUUCUCCUGCGCUCUGCGCUACUUCCGCGACCACGCGCUCCAGGAACUGACCGACCAGUCAGCGACGAAGAUACUGAAUGAGGAUGUUCGCUGGGUCAUCACCGUUCCAGCGAUCUGGAAGCAGCCAGCUAAGCAGUUCAUGCGACAUGCUGCCUACGAGGCCGGCAUAGCUUCUGCGCAGUACCCAGACCAGCUGCUUAUUGCCCUCGAGCCGGAGGCGGCGUCCAUCUACUGUCGAAAGCUGCGUGUGCACCAACUAAUGCCCGUGACACCACCAGUGAUGCGUCUCUCCCCCCGGGCUGUGGAAGGCUCCCCUGCAGAGAGUGCAGAGUCAGUAGAUGACAAUGUGUCAGAAGACUCUAGCUCUGCUGAACUGUUUUUGUCCAAAAAUGAACUUGUUGAAGAUGACAUCAAAGCAGGCACUCGCUACAUUCUCGUUGACUGUGGAGGAGGGACGGUGGACCUAACAGUGCAUGAGAUGGGCAGGAAGCACGCUCACCUGAAGGAGCUGUACAAGGCUACAGGAGGACCACACGGCUCAGUGGGGGUCGACAUUGCCUUUCUCAAACUACUCAACGACAUAUUUGGAGUGGAGUGCAUGAACCAGUUCAGAGAGAAACGACCUGCGAGUUUCGUGGACCUGAUGAUAGCGUUCGAGUCGCGUAAACGCAACACGAGUCCAUUCAAGGAUAACCCGCUGAACGUGUCUCUGCCAUUCUCAUUCAUCGACUUCUACAAGAAGGCAAAGGGACAUCACAUCGAGGCUGCUAUCAGGAAAUACGGUGACAAGGACGUGAGCUGGUCGUCGCAGGGCAUGCUGCGGCUGAUGCCGUCUGCAAUGAAGCGGCUAUUCCAGCCCACCGUCGAUCACAUCAAGCAACACGUCGGAGACGCGCUCAACAAUCCCAGCGUACGCGACAUCACCUACCUGUUCCUCGUCGGUGGAUUCGCCGAGUCUCUUAUCCUUCAGCAGGAAGUGCGCAAGGCCUUCGGACAUAUCCUGAAGGUGAUCAUUCCACAAGACGUAAGUCUGAGCAUCCUCAAGGGGGCAGUGCUGUUUGGUCUCGACCCGACCGUCGUCAACGUACGUCGAUGUCGCUUCACAUACGGCGUCGGAGUUCUCAACCGGUUCGAUCCGGCAAAGCACCCGGAGAACAAGCGAGUCGUGAAGGACGGUGUCACGUGGUGCGCGGACAUAUUCGAUAAAUUUGUUGUGACGGGUCAGUCAGUGGGCAUCGGUGACGUCGUCAUGCGGAAAUACGCUCCGGCGCGCUGCAACCAGUCAACCAGUGUGAUCCAUAUUUACUCGAGCGAGACUGAGGACCCACAGUUUCUCUCUGACCCGGGCACGCAUCACUGUGGCACCCUGACCCUUGACCUCAGCAGCACGGCUUCGCACACGUUCCGACACGAGAUUCAAGUUCGCAUGACGUUCGGCGACACGGAAAUAAAAGUCAACGCGGUUAACAUGGCGACUGGAAAAACCGUGAAGUCUUCAAUAGAUUUUCUAUGUAAUUAAGCACUUUGCUACUGUUGGAGGUGCACACACCAACAUCUAAAAUUCAUCAUCACUUAAUUAAUACUAUGUCGCUCGUUACAUAUCUACAUAUGCCUGUACCUCGUGUUAUGACAGUGCAGAUUAUUAAGUUAACGAUGAAUGAUGUUUGCUGAGAGUCUCUGAUUGGUUAUUUUGAUGAUUUGUUGGAUGAGUACUUGCUAGAAGCGCCAAAGAAUGGUUUGAAACAAAGUCAUUGUAAAGGUAAUUGUGAGGUAAAUAACAAAUAUGUAUACACUGUGUAUAGUUUCCCAUUUUAUCAUGUUACGACUUGUAUAUAUGGGUUGUGCGUGUGUGUGCAUGCAUGUGUAAAUGCAUGCAUGCACGUGUGCAAACUUUUGUAGCCUAUUAGCCUAGGACAGCCAAAGGCAUUGCACCCAUAGUGCACAUUACUAAUUAUAAUCAUAUCAAAGUACAUAGUAGAAGAAAAAGAAAGGUAUCUUGCAUGAACUUCAUAUUGAGGUUUCCAUUCAAUAUCGCGUCCAUAAAAACGUGGUCUUGUGGAGUUUUUACAUUAUUGAAUAUUCACAGGUAUAUUUCUUUCACCACGUUGGGUUCCCACUACUGUGUAGGUUAGUAAGCCACUGUCACUAUUAGUUGUUGAAUAUACUUACGUAAGAGCCCAGUAACAUUAGUUAAGAUGUUAAAAGGCUCUUGACAUACAUCAUCACAAACGUGAGUUAAUGCAACGCAAGUGGACAUUGUACUGUUUCACAGUUGCCCAUGAAUUAAUAGUCUUCUCCAAUUUAUUCUUAUUUAAUUUAUAACACUGUCUUUCAAUAAUCAGUUAUUAUAUAAUUAUAUAAAGCUGUGUAUUUUUCUCCUACAUAAAUACAGUUACUUACCUGUAAUUCUGUUUUCAGUGCAUAUUAGAACAUGUAAAUGUAAAAUUAUAUAGUAUAUUUUAUAUGUAUGUGUUAAUAUAUGAGUUGCGUUUGCAAAUAUUUGUUUUCGUUUUAUAGUAAUAUGAAUUUUAUCCUUACAAAUGUAUGUUAGAGUAUACUAUAUAACUGCCUGGUAGUUCUAAGUGUUAACAUCUGGUGUCACAGAUUCUCAAGUCAAAUGUCCACAUUCCAUUACAUCCGUCACUACAAAUUCCAUGAUCAUUUAUGAGCAAGCACGGAAUCUCUACUGUAGAAUUGAAAAUGUUAUAUCACAAGUUGGACAGAAGUUCAUUGGUUGUGUCUAUCUUAUAGUUAACACAUGCACAGUGUGUAGCAGAUAGAAAAAAAGAGCUGCUGGUAAAAAGAGUAUCAUUGUACUACUAUACCUUUUCUAUAAUACCAGAAGUAUGGAAACAUAAACAAUAUCAAAUUGACAUGAAAUGUUUUAGUAUCUCUGAUAAUUAAAAAGGAAAAAAAUGAAUUGGCAUAUUGAAUGCAAUCGCAAUAUAAAAAUGUGGAGAAAUUUUUACCAUUAUUCAUAUUACGACCCUUCUGGAUAUUAGCGACUUCUGAUCACAUUUGCAUAUAUUCAUCUAUAUGUAACAUAUAUUUCAGAAGUAGAUAACAGGGAAGUUCCCUAUUAGUUCCCUACUAGUUCCAUAUUAUCUACUUCGGCUAUUAUCUACUUCUGAUAUAUUUACAUCUUCAAAUUAAAUGUCAUUUUAUGAUUUGUAGUUAUAAACUCUGAUAAUGUGGAAUGAACUGUGUACAUAUAAAUACAAAUUAUUGUGGUAUGUAAAAGCUCCGUAAUUACUUAUAGAAUUUAUGGUGCACAAUAACUGUCAA